CCUCAUCUAGAGAAGUGAUCUGGGGCUUGGAGGCGGCUUUCUCGUACUCCUCGCCUUGUUGGUUUAGAGAUCAUCUAUAAAUCUAUUCAUAUAUAUUUUGACUCAGAGGGAGAAGGGGUUUUGGUAGAUCGGUAGUGGAAAUGUCUCGCUUGGAAAAGAUGGCAUCCAUUGAUGCCCACAUGAGGCUUCUUGCCCCCGGGAAGGUAUCCGAGGACGACAAGCUGAUCGAGUAUGAUGCCCUCCUCUUGGAUCGGUUCCUCGACAUCCUUCAGGAUCUCCACGGCGAGGAGAUCAGAGAAACGGUUCAAGAAUUAUAUGAGCUAUCUGCUGAAUAUGAAGGCAAUCAUGAACCUGAGAAGCUAGAGGAACUGGGGAAUGUUCUGACUAGUUUGGAUCCAGGUGACACAAUCGUGGUCUCCAAGUCAUUCUCACACAUGCUUAACUUGGCCAACUUGGCUGAGGAGGUGCAGAUUGCCUAUCGAAGACGGAUCAAGCUAAAAAAAGGAGAUUUUGCUGAUGAAAAUUCUGCAAUUACUGAAUCGGACAUAGAAGAAACACUUAAGCGUCUUGUUACACAGCUGAAGAAGUCCAAAGAAGAAGUUUUUGAUGCUCUGAAGAACCAGACAAUUGAUCUUGUUUUCACUGCACAUCCAACUCAGUCAGUCAGAAGAUCCUUGCUUCAGAAGCAUGGAAGGAUAAGGAAUUGUUUGACUCAGUUGUAUGCCAAAGAUAUUACUCCUGACGACAAGCAGGAGCUUGAUGAGUCGCUUCAGAGAGAGAUUCAAGCUGCCUUCAGAACUGAUGAAAUCCGAAGAACUCCUCCAACUCCUCAAGAUGAAAUGCGGGCUGGGAUGAGCUAUUUCCAUGAAACUAUAUGGAAGGGUGUCCCUAAAUUCUUACGUCGUGUUGAUACAGCACUGAAGAACAUUGGGAUAAAUGAACGUGUGCCUUAUAAUGCCCCUCUUAUUCAGUUUUCUUCUUGGAUGGGUGGGGAUCGUGACGGCAAUCCUAGAGUUACUCCAGAAGUAACUAGAGAUGUAUGUUUGUUGGCUAGAAUGAUGGCUGCAAACUUGUACUACUCACAGAUCGAGGAUCUGAUGUUCGAGCUGUCUAUGUGGCGCUGCAAUGCUGAACUCCGGAUACGAGCAGAUGUACUAGACCGUUCCUCCAAAAAAGAUGCAAAACACUAUAUAGAGUUCUGGAAGCAAGUACCUCCAAAUGAGCCAUAUCGUGUUAUUCUCAGUGAUGUGAGAGAUAAAUUAUACAACACACGUGAGCGCUCACGCCAUUUACUUUCAAAUGGAUAUUCUGACAUCCCUGAAGAAGCAACUUUCACGAAUAUCGAACAGUUUUUGGAGCCUCUUGAACUCUGCUACCGAUCACUCUGUGACUCUGGUGAUAGACCGAUUGCUGAUGGAAGCCUUCUUGACUUUUUGCGCCAAGUGUCAACCUUUGGCCUGUCGCUUGUCAGACUUGAUAUUAGGCAAGAAUCUGACAGGCAUACUGAUGUUGUUGAUGCUAUUACCAAACAUCUGGGAAUUGGAUCCUACCGUGACUGGCCUGAGAAGCAACGCCAGGAAUGGCUGUUGUCUGAACUUAAUGGAAAACGCCCUUUGUUUGGUCCUGACCUACCCAAGACAGAUGAAGUUGCUGAUGUUUUGGAUACUUUCCAUGUCAUAGCAGAACUUCCUUCUGACAACUUUGGGGCUUACAUCAUAUCAAUGGCUACUGCUCCUUCAGAUGUUUUGGCUGUUGAGUUGUUGCAGCGUGAGUGCCAUGUGAAAGAGCCAUUGAGAGUAGUCCCUUUGUUUGAAAAACUUGCAGAUCUGGAGGCUGCCCCUGCAGCUUUAUCCCGACUUUUCUCGAUAGAAUGGUACAGGAACAGGAUUAAUGGGAAGCAGGAAGUCAUGAUUGGAUAUUCGGAUUCAGGGAAGGAUGCUGGCCGAUUUUCUGCAGCUUGGCAGUUAUAUAAAGCUCAAGAGGAGCUCAUAAAGGUUGCGAAGGAUUAUGGAGUGAAAUUGACGAUGUUUCAUGGGCGAGGGGGAACUGUCGGAAGAGGUGGUGGUCCUACUCAUCUUGCUAUACUAUCUCAGCCACCAGACACGAUCCAUGGAUCUCUUCGAGUUACAGUUCAAGGAGAAGUCAUCGAGCAAUCUUUUGGCGAAGAGCAUUUGUGCUUCCGGACACUCCAACGUUUCACAGCUGCUACUCUUGAACAUGGAAUGCACCCCCCUAUUUCCCCAAAGCCAGAAUGGCGUGCAUUGAUGGAUGAAAUGGCUGUUGUGGCUACCAAGGAAUAUCGAUCCAUUGUCUUCCAGGAACCACGUUUUGUCGAAUAUUUCCGCCUGGCUACACCCGAGCUGGAGUAUGGUAGGAUGAACAUUGGUAGCAGGCCAUCAAAACGAAAGCCCAGUGGGGGCAUCGAAUCAUUACGUGCAAUUCCCUGGAUUUUUGCGUGGACACAAACACGGUUUCACCUACCAGUGUGGCUUGGUUUUGGUGCAGCAUUUAAGCAUGUUAUACAGAAAGAUAUCAAGAAUCUUCAUACUCUUCAAGAGAUGUACAAUGAGUGGCCCUUUUUUAGGGUCACAAUUGAUCUGGUUGAGAUGGUCUUUGCUAAGGGAGAUCCUGGCAUAGCUGCUUUAUAUGACAAACUGUUGGUUUCCCAAGAUUUGUGGAAAUUUGGGGAGCAACUCAGAGCCAACUAUGAAGAGACAAAGCAUCUUCUUCUUCAGGUUGCUGGUCACAAAGAUCUCUUAGAAGGGGAUCCAUAUCUGAAGCAGAGACUACGCCUGCGUGAUGCUUACAUUACAACUCUGAAUGCCUGCCAAGCUUACACUUUGAAGAGGAUCAGGGACCCUUCCUACCAUGUUAAUGUCAGACCUCAUCUCUCCAAGGAGAUAGUGGAAUCCAGCAAGCCAGCUGCAGAACUAGUGAAGCUCAAUCCGAGCAGCGAGUACGCCCCUGGAUUGGAGGACACCCUCAUUUUGACCAUGAAGGGCAUUGCCGCUGGACUGCAGAACACCGGUUAAAUUAUGCAUUCGGGUACCAUAUCAAUAAGGAAUUGCAGAAAACAAUCAUAUUAUGUGAUCAAUUUUUGUCUUGCUGUUUUCUUCAGUCUUUCGAAGAUUAGCGCAAUUGACUGGAACAAUUUCAGCUUUGAUACUUGUCAUAAUUAGCAAGCAAUAAGCCUCCUACAAUAAGAUGAUGGCAAAGUUUAUGUUUCCA